GUGUUUGUAUUUCAGGUACCAAGCUUCCUUUUCGUAGGGUGAAUUGAGACCCGCAGGUUGCAAGAUGACGAAACGCCGCAAUGGCAUGAUCCCCAAUGUCCACUUCCACAAAAACUGGCAGGAGCGUGUGAAGACAUGGUUCAACCAGCCCAUGCGCAAGGCGCGCCGACGACAGAACCGCGUCAAGAAGGCCCUGCGGAUUGCCCCACGCCCUGCGUCUGGACCGCUGCGUCCCAUGGUCCACUGCCCUACCUUCAAGUACCACACCAAGGUCCGUGCUGGUCGAGGCUUCUCGCUGGAAGAGCUGAAGGCUGCUGGAAUCUUUAAGCGGUAUGCCCCUACCAUCGGCAUUGCCGUGGACCACAGGCGAAGGAACCGAUCCGUGGAGGGUCUGCAGGCCAAUGUCCAGCGGCUCAAGGAGUACAAAUCCAAGCUGAUCCUGUUCCCUAGGAAGCCUGGCAAGCCCAGGAAGGGUGAUUCGGAGGAAGCCGAGCUGAAGGUUGCCAAGCAGCUAGUGGGCCCUGUCAUGCCCAUCAAGCCCGUCUUCAAGAAGGAGGCGGCUCGCGCCAUCACCGAGGAGGAGAAGAAACACAGCGUGUUCCAGGCGCUGCGCAUGGCCCGCUCUGGAGCCAGGCUGGAAGGCAUCCGGGCCAAGAGGAGACGGGAGAAAGAAGAGGAGGAACGCGAGAAGGCCACCCGCAAGAAGUAAGGCGGGGAGGAACAGGCUAUAACUUGACACUCUCACAAAAGGACAAAUUGGAAUCAUCUCUGAUCAGAUUCAACCUCCCUGGAUCAUUUUAUUGUAGGUCAAGGGAAUCUUUACCUGUUGGACCACGCUCACGACAGAAUGUAAAGUGAAUAAAAAGAAUACCAGCCUUAAACAGCA